AUGGCUAAGCUGAGCAAUGUCGAGCAGACCCAGCUCAUCCUUGCGCGACUGAUGGAGGGCGGCCAGGAGGAUGACGAAACCUGCCGAGAACUCGAUGACCUCGCUAAGCUGUUAAACGAUGACGCCAAACGUGCGGCAACGGAGCAGUCCAUCUGCGACGUUAUCGACGACGUAUGCCUCGACACUAUACUUGGCUAUCUCGACAUGAGGCAGGCCGAGCUGGUGCACGGCCAUGCGAUCCUAACGACUUCCGCCUACCUAAAGGCUGCCGGGGACAAGGGUAAUAUUGCCUUGCAGAAGUUCUUCUUCGAUCGCGUACAGAGGGGCACAUACGAUGACUACAUAGUUGCCUUCUGUGUCGCCGCCGCCAUCUUCCCCAUCGCCCCGGACCAGACCGCAGACAUAUUCCUCACUGAGGGCUUCCUCGCAAGCCUGGACCCUUUGAUGCGGCGAAAAUGGAAAAGCAGGAAAGUCGAGACGGCGUGCCUGGAGAUGCUCAAUGCCGCAUCGAUGAACUCGCAAUGCCGCGAGGCUAUCAAAAAAUAUUGUACCGACUGGUUGGAGGAGGUUGUAGACCAGGAUCCGAACGAGCUGGCCAACGCUAUCCACUCGGCGGAUCCGGAGAUAAAGGUUUCAGAAGGUUCAAUCGCUAUGAGGAGGCAUUCCGAGGCAGUUCAACACCUAGCCGCCGUCAUUUUGGCAAAAUUGAGGGUAGGCACCCUUAGGCUUCCCCCUGCCACACCGCGCCCGUAUGAAUACCUUGGGUGGCGUAUGCCUUCGGCGCAACAACCGACAGAGGAACCCGGAGAAAAAAUCCAGCAGGCGAACACGAGCAUCGAGGACCUCUCUAAGAUGUUCACCUCAAUGCUGCUCAAGGACCCAGAGAGCGGCAAACGACAUUCGGUAGAGGGCUUGGCUUACGCUUCGAUCCAGCCUGUUAUCAAGGAGGAGGUUGCAAGAAACAAGGAGCUUCUGAAAACUCUAGUUAAAAUCCUGAAUGACGCCCCGGCGAAGUCGCCGCUUACUUAUGGGGCAUUAAGUAUUUUUCUAAAUCUUACACGCUACCAACCCAGGCAAUCCGAGGAAGAGAAGAAGAUGACCCAGCUCAAGGCGUACGCCGACGCUGCCGGAAAGCUCGCGUCGCCGAACCCGCUGAGCGACAACGACCACGUAUCGGAACGGUGCAAAAGAGUUUUUGAGGCUGGCAUCGUACCGGUUCUGGUAACCCACAGUAGGCAUGGUUCGGUCGCCUCGCUGAACCUCAUCGUGUCCAUCAUCGCGGCCUUGUCGGUGACGACCAGUUUGCGAGGCCAACUCGCCCAACAGGGGGCGGUCAAUCUGCUCAUCGCCGCGUGCACAGCCUUACCCGAGUCCGAAUCGCAGGCCAAGCGCACCUCGGCCCAGGCGCUCGCUCGUAUACUAAUUAGCACGAACCCGGCCCUCGUAUUCGGCGGAACUCGUGCGCGCCCGCAGAAUUCGGCCAUAAGGCCCCUGGUUUCCAUCCUAACGCCCGACCCUGCGGCCGAAACUCGCGAUCUCCUGCCGACGUUCGAGGCGCUGAUGGCGCUCACCAAUCUCGCGUCGACGGACGACGACACGCGCGCCACCAUCGUCCGCACCGCCUGGCCGGAGAUCGAGGAGCAGCUUCUGGCCUCGAACGCGCUGGUCUCCAAGGCGGCGGCGGAGCUGGUGUGCAACCUGGCGCAGGGCGCCGAGGGCGUCGCGCUGUACGCGGACGGGACGCCGCAGGCGGCGAGUCGGCUGCACGUGCUGCUGGCGCUGGCGGACGCCGAGGACGAGGGGACGCGGAGCGCCGCCGGCGGCGCCCUGGCCUCGCUGACGGCGCACCAGGCCGUCGUGGCGGGCGUGGUGGCGCGCAAGCGCGGCGUCGACGUGGUGCUCGGCCUGUGCCGCGAGCCGAGCGAGGACCUGCGCCACCGCGGCGCCUUCGUCGCGCGCAACCUGGCCGCGUGCGAGGGCGACGCCGGCCGCGCCGCGCGCCGCGCCAUGCGCGAGGCCGGCGCCGUCGAGACCCUCAAGGCCUGCGCCAAGAGCUCCCGCCGCGCCGAGGUCGUCGAGGUCGUGGCCCAGGCGCUCAAGGUCCUCCUCGAGGAGCAGGACUGAGGGCCGAGGAGGAGAGGGGGGGAAGAGAAAGGCGUAUGCGCACGUGGGCUAUUUCCUAAGAUUCAGUUAUACCCCAGAACAAUUUGGCACAUACCUAGGGGGAGGAGGAAGAGGGGGGCGGGUAGCAGUCACGAGAGGAAACCCUGUCCAUGUGUCGCGUGUAGUUAAGGAGGCAUCUAUCUCAGCUCGAAAAGCAUCUAUUUCAUCGGAUGUCUACGCGCUUGUAUUGUUCCCUGGAGGAUUCGUGACGUGUCUCUCCGAGUUCCCCCUUUUGUUGUAGCAAACUCACUCGCACACGCUCUCUGGGUCUAGAUUUAAUUUUCCUCGCGGAGCCGUAGCGAGAUCGAUACUGUGCGUACGUAGGUAUUUCGCGGCCACGAAUCGCGCGAGGAGCAAAUACACCAGAGGGGAUGUAGGUAUACCUAAUAGUGACACGGGUUUACGCUGCCGUCUAUCCACGAAUUCUUCUCUCCUUUUUUGGUUCCAUCCUGCCGUACUCGUAC